CGUGCUACCCGCGCUAGCCGGUUAUGUUAUUUUAUAUAUGGAAUAAUGGCAGCAGUAAUAAAGCAGAUAACGUCGAAUACAUUUUUGACUUCAUGUCUUUACACAGGGCCAUAAAGGGGAAAAAAAUUUGGAUAAUCAAAGACGGCUUGUUUUGUUAAACUCUUCCGGGUCGGUCUGUAGGUUAGCUUCAUAUCAGCAUGCUCCUAGCAUACUCAGGUUGACUUUGAUCACUUCUCCUUUUGCUUUCAUUUUCAUUUUUCUUUUUAAAAAAACUACACUCGUCAGUCGUGAUGAGCAUCAUGAUCAGACCAAUAUUUCUGACCAGGUUCACCUCUCAGACCCUGACCUGCACCAGAAGGUCAUUUCUUCUCUCGGGCUGUUUUCAGCCUCGUUCAGCUCACACUCCGCUCCUUCAGAGCUGUCGUGGAACCCUCACGCCAAAAAUCACAACCCUGGUCAGAUACUCUGACCUAUCAACACAGAAAUACUCUAUGAUUUACACCAUGCAUCACAUUAGGCUCUUGAGAGCUGUGUCCAGGCUCAAGCUGUUUCAGACUGCAAUCACGUUGGUCAUCUUGCCCCCGGUGUACUUCCUCUACUUCCAAGGAAUUGUCUCCCUAUAUCUAGUCAGCUACUCAACUGGGAUUGCGCUUUUUGCUGGUGGCAUGCUCUACAUUGCCAGUCACCUCUUCAGAAGAGUUGUAGGAAUGAUGUACCUGGACCCGUCCCUAACCACGCUCAAAGUUUCUCACCUCACUUUCUGGGGCAAGCGUCAAGACAUCUACCUCCCUGUGUCAGACAUUAUGACCAUUGCGGAUACUGGAGACUCUGCAAGUGAGACUAUACUGAAACUGAAGAGAUACAGCAGUCCAGACACGUUUUAUUUCUCCACUCGUUUUGGACGGGUCAUAGAUAAACAAGGCUUUGAGAAAGUUUUCGGAGGUUUUCAAUAGUUGCUUGCAUAACUGAUAGGACAGUAGGACUAGACUGAUGAAAAUGGAAUGAAUGUACAAUCACGCAUAUUGUUUGCACUGCUAUUGAAAAUAAAUAGUAUGAAGAUGAAAAUUCUUGGGGAUUUAGAAAUCCUAUCAGUCUCUCACCAUUUUUAAGAGAUAGUGUGUAUGUUUUUAUUUCCAUUAAAAGAAAAAUAACUUCAACAAAGUCUUGCACUUAUUAGAGUAACAUAGCAAUUAGGCUCGGCUGUCAGCACAAUAUAUCAAAAUGCAAUUCUCAUUGCAAAGUUAUUGUGUGUAAUAUUGCAGUAGCAAAGGACUGAUUGGAUGCAACGUUUUUAACAUGAUAUAGAAACAUAGAAACGUUCACACUGACUCGUUCGGGUGUUUCUAUAUCAGUCCAGCAGCAUCCAGUCCGUGCUUUUCCUCUCGUUCAAGUAGCCUAAAUGUGGGCAAACAGCGCCCCCUGGCGCUUCAAAGGAGCAACGUCGUCAGGUGAAACGCUUAUAUCUGCUGACUGAAAAGUUGCAACUUUAUUUGUUCCUGACUGUGCAACAACAACAAAAAAAAAAUAAGGGAAGCUUUCUUUAUCUUUAUCUUUUGAAUGUUUUCAUAGAUUCUGUCUGCUUUCAUUGUCUGAAGGAUUACAAGCAGAAGAUUUGAAAUGAACUGUAAAUAUUACCCAUGAGCCACUUUUGUGGCAUUUAAGGAUUUUUACUUUUACACAUGCACACACAUUUGCACAGAGCAUUUUUUAAAACAACAUAAUACUCUCCAUUAUUCUAAAACUACUUUACAUUAAAUACAGUUUAUGAUUUUGGAUGAUAUGCCACAAGUUUAAAGUUUUAGCUUUUCUCUAGAYGACAAAGUUUCUCAUAACUGUAUGCCCACAGAAUUCAGGAUCUAAACAAAGCACCGUGGAGGAAGAUCUCACUGUCACACAACAUGUAAUAUCUUCUUAGACUAACUCCAGUCCUACAAGUGAAGUCGCUCAAAAAC